AUGUCAGCAGCACCAUGGUAUUGUGAUGGUUGUGGUCAAAUAAAUGGUUCUAUGCGAUAUCAGUGUGAACAAUGUCGGGGAUUCAAUACCUAUGAUUUAUGUGAUGAGUGCAUUGUAAGAGCACAAGUACUCCAUCCAAAUCAUUCAUUUAAAUUAGUACCACAAAUUUUAACAGGUAUGCCAGUCAUUAAUACAAUGUGGCCAUACUACAACUCAUGGCAGGCAACGUAUCCACGAUCAAUAUGGUCACCAUAUUUUGCACAAAGACAACCGACAAUGAGAGUAACCUAUGAAUAUGCAUCGUAA